CCGUUGUGGUGAUGAAGUGGACUGUUGGUUCCGGAGGCGGCGUGGUGGCCAGGCUGUUCCUCCUCUUCAUCCUGCACACCGUGAGCGGAAACCUGCCCCCUCAGUUUGAGAACUACUUCUUCAGCAACUACCUGCUGAUCUAUGAGGACACGCCCGUGGGUACCUCGGUGGCCCAGCUGAGAGCCAUUGACCCCGAAGGGGAACCCCUCACUUACGGACUGAUGGGGGACGAGGCCGAGAAGUUCUUCAAUGUGCAGAGCGAUUCGGGAGUGGUGUGGCUUCGAUUUCCCCUGGACCGGGAGACUAAGUCUGAGAUUCAGGUGGAGUUUUUCGUCAUGGACAGGCAUGCGACGGUGACCAACGUUGCCAGCAUCCAGAUUGGCGACGUGAACGACAACGCCCCCAUCUUCCACAAUCAACCUUACACUCAACAGAUCCCCGAGGACACGGCGGAAGGGACCACGGUGUUCAUGGUGGACGCGACCGACCCUGACCAGGGCACGGGCGGCAGCGUGCUGUUCUCCUUCCAGCCCCCCUCCCCCUUCUUCUCCAUCGACGAGGCCCGCGGCACCGUCACCGUCAAACGCGCGCUGGACUUCGAGAGCACGGCCGCCUACCAGCUCACCGUCAACGCCACGGACCAGGAUAAGAGGCGUCCCCUGUCAAGUCUGGCCAAUCUGGCGAUCACCAUCACUGACGUCCAGGACAUGGACCCCAUCUUCAUCAACCUGCCCUACAGCACCAACAUCAACGAGGACUCUCCCCCGGGGUACGAGGUGAGGAAGAUCAAAGCCAUCGACCAGGAUCGCGGGAGGCCACGCCACAUCGGCUACACCAUCGUCUCAGGUAACACCAACAGCAUCUUCGCCCUGGACUUCGUCAGCGGGUCCCUGACCGUGAGCGGGAACCUGGACAGAGAGAACCCCCUCUACUCGGCCGGGUUCCACCUCACUGUGAAGGGCACGGAGCUGAACCCCGACAACACCCCGACCGACGCCACGGUGACCACCACCUUCACCAUCCUGGUGGUGGACAAGAACGACAACGCGCCGCAGUUCAACAGCUCCGAGUACCGCGUGCGCAUCACCGAGCUGGCCCAGGUGGGCUUCGCCCUGCCUCUCUUCAUCCAGGCCGAGGACAAGGACGAGGGUGCCAACAGCAUGUUCCAGGUAUUCCUCACGGGGAACAACUCGGACCACUUCACGAUCUCCCCCACGGCGGUGCAGGGGAAGGCGGACAUCCGGAUGCGUGUGGCGGUGCCUCUGGACUACGAGAACAUCCGGAGCUACAGCUUCUCUCUCUAUGCCAACGAGUCCCUGUCGGAGCACGUGGGGUUUGCUCGCGUGCACAUCGAGCUGGACAAUGAGAACGACAACCGGCCCAUCUUCAGCAAGGCCUACUACAACAUCAGCCUGCCCGAGAACACGCCACGCGGCACGUCACUGGUCACCAUACGCGCGACGGACAAUGACUUCGGCUCCUUUGGAGUGGUGCGCUACUCCUUCAGCGAGGAGCCAGAACAGUUUGCGCUGGACGCAGAGACGGGGCGGGUGAUCCUCCGGGGGAGGCUGGAUUUCGAGCUGAUGCGCCGCUACACCCUGACCAUCCUGGCGCGGGACGGGGGCGGCGAGGAGACCACGGGCCGGCUGAGGAUCAACGUGCUGGACGUCAACGACAACACGCCCGUCUUCCAGAAGGAGGCCUACUUGGGCUGGCUCCGGGAGAACGAGCAGGCCACACAACAGGUGGCGCGCAUCCGGGCCACAGACGAAGACUCUCCCCCCAACAACGCGCUGACCUACAGCAUCAUCUCCACCUCAAUCCUCCCAGACUACUUCAGCAUCUCCAUCGUGGAGGGCUAUGCAGUUAUCAGUGUGAACAGUCCCUUGGACUAUGAGGCAGUUCCUGAUGGGCUGAUCUAUCUGACGGUGAUGGCCAAAGAUGGCGGCAACCCCCCUCUGAACAGCAGUGUCCCUGUUACCAUUGAGCUGUUCGACGAGAACGACAACCCCCCCGUCUUCAGCAAGCCCUCUUACAUCAUCAAAAUCCCAGAGAGCAUCGGGGCAGGAGCGACGGUGCUGUUUGUGAACGCUUCAGACCGGGACGCCUCUCGGGAGUUUGGCCAGGCCUCUCUCAUCUACUCCCUGGAGGGGUCCUCCAAGUUCCGCCUCAACGCUCGCUCAGGAGAGAUAACCACCACUGCCCUGCUGGAUCGCGAGGCCAAGUCGGAGUACAUCCUGAUUGUGCGGGCGGUGGACGGAGGGGUGGGGCCUCUGCAGAAGACUGGCAUUGCCACGGUGAAUAUUACGCUGCUGGACAUCAACGACAACGCCCCCGCGUGGCGAGACGAGCCGUACCACGUCAACGUGGUGGAGAUGAGCCCCAUCGACACCGACGUGAUCUCAGUCCUGGCGGUGGACCCGGAUAACGGGGAUAACGGGACGGUGGUGUACAGCAUCAGCCCGGCGAACCCCUUCUACAACAUCAACAGCAGCACCGGCAAGAUCCGCACCAGCGGCGUGGUGCUGGACCGGGAGAGCCCCAACACCAAGGACACGCAGCUCAUGAGGACCAUCGUGGUGUCUGCCACGGACCGUGGAACCCCGCCUCUGCGCUCCUCCGUCAGCACUACAGUGUUUGUGAACCUGCUGGACCUCAACGACAACGACCCCACCUUCCUCAACCUGCCCCACGUCGCUGAGGUCCCCGAGAGCUUGCCCAUUGGCUCCAGCGUCUUUAAGGUCCGGGUGUCUGACCCGGACGAGGAUGAGAACGGCCAGGUGACCAUGGUGCUGCAGAUGGGCAUGCCGCGCCUGGACUUCACCCUCAACACCAGCACAGGGGUCCUGGUGUCCACAGCCAGGCUGGACCGGGAGCAGAUCAGCCAGUACCUGCUCCGGGUCGUGGCAUACGAUGCAGGGCAGUUCCCUCGGACUUCAACCAGCACCCUGACCGUCACAGUUCUGGACGUGAACGACGGCACCCCAACUUUCUACCCGAAGAUGUACAACGUCUCCCUGCAGGAGAGCAUCCGGCGGGACUUCGUGGUGUCGCGCCUGAACUGCACCGACAGCGACAGCGGGCUGAACGCCGAGCUCAGCUACUUCAUCACAGAGGGCAAUCAGGACGGGAAGUUCAGUGUGGGCUUCCGGGAUGGAGUUGUGCGCACUGUGGUGGGGCUCGACCGGGAGACCCAGGCUGCAUACACCCUGCUCAUCGAGGCCAUCGAUAACGGCCCAGCUGGGAGCAGGAGGACUGGCACGGCCACGGUGUACAUAGAGGUGCUGGAUGUGAACGACAACCGGCCCAUCUUCCUGCAGAACAGCUACGAGACCAGCAUCCUGGAGUCCGCACCCAGAGGGGCCAGCAUACUGCAGGUGCAGGCUACAGAUGCAGACCAGGGGGAGAACGGUAGAGUUCUGUACAGGAUUCUGUCUGGAAACAGUCACCGGCAGUUCAGCAUGGACCAGCUGACCGGGGAGGUGACCCGGGGGCAGCGGGCCCUGGACCGAGAGACCAGCAGCUCCCACGUCCUGGAGGUGGAGGCCUACAACAGCGACCAGGGCAGCAUGAGGAGCUCCGUCAGGGUGAUCGUGUACGUGGAGGACGCUAACGACGAGGCUCCAGUGUUCACCCAGCAGCAGUACAACCGGCUGGGCCUGCGGGAGACGGCCGGCAUCGGCACGUCCGUCAUCGUGGUGCGGGCCACCGACCCAGAUACCGGUGACGGAGGGGCGGUGGCCUACGCCCUGGUCUCGGGCUCGGAUAUGAAGUUCGAGGUGGACGUCAGCACGGGCCUGGUGACCACGGUGGACGACCUGGACUACGAGACCAAGACCAGCUACCUGAUGAACGUCUCCGCGACGGACCAGGCGCCGCCCUUCCACCAGGGCUUCUGCACGGUGUACGUGACGCUGCUCAACGAGCUGGACGAGGCCGUGGCCUUCUUCGCGCCGGGCUACGAGGUGGCGCUCAGCGAGAACGUGGCCACGGGGACCGAGGUGGUGCGCGUGCAGGCGCAGUCGGCAGACAACCUGAACCAGCUGUCCUACCGCUUCGACCCCGACACGUCCCCCGCCGCCCUGGCGCUGUUCAAGAUCGACAGCGUCACCGGGCGAAUAACAGUCACAGGGCAGCUGGACAGAGAGAAGGGGGACCUGUACACCCUGACGGUGGUUGCUGACGACGGAGGGCCCAAGAAAGACUCCACUGUGAAGGUGUCAAUCACCAUACUGGAUAAAAACGACAACAGCCCUGAGUUUGACAUCACAUCCGAUCUGUCCGUGGAGAUUCCAGAGAACACCGCUAUCGGCAAGAGAGUGGCGGUGGUGCUGGCCAGAGACAGGGACAUCGGGAAUAACGGACUGGUGAACUUCUCCCUGGUGGCGGGGAACAUGCAGGACGUGUUUGAGAUCCGCACGGUCAACCACACCUACGGGGAGGUCUACGUCAACUCUGCCCUGGACCGCGAGACUGUGGACCGAUACCUGCUCAAGGUGAGGGCGAUGGACAAUGGCUCUCCUCCUCGCCACACUGACCUCUCUCUCACCGUCAACAUCCUGGACAUCAACGACAACCCACCCAUCAUCCAGAGCCGCAACGGCUACAACAUCAGCAUCAGUGAGAACGUGGGCGGCGGCACGUCGGUCCUGCGCGUGGUGGCCACGGACCGCGACAUCGGCUCCAACGGGAUGCUGUUCUACUACAUCACCGGCGGCAACCAGGACCUCACCUUCCGCAUGGACCGCAUGACCGGGGAGAUGGUGACCCGCCCGUCCCCGCCCGACCGGGAGCGGAAGCAGCAGUACCGCCUCGACGUGACCGUGGAGGACGACGGGACCCCCCCGCUGUCGGCCGGAACCACGGUGUGGGUGUACAUCGUGGACGAGAACGACAACGCGCCGGUCUUCCCUGAGGUGGAGUACGUGACGGUGCUGAGCGAGGGCCCGGCGACCGUGGGCACCACCAUCGCCACGGUGACGGCCUUCGACCCCGACCAGGGCCUGAACGGAACGCUGCGCUACAGCAUCACCCAGGGCAACCUGGCGCAGACGUUCCGCAUCGACGCGGUGACGGGCACGAUUGUGGUGGUGAAGGCGCUGGACUACGAGAUCAGCAAUGGGCACUACACGCUGGUCGUCACGGCAACCGACCAGUGCCCCGUCCCUGGACUCCGCCUGACGGCCAGUACUACAGUCCAGGUGAAUGUGAUCGAUGUGAACGAUGUGACCCCCACCUUCCCCCGGGCCGUCGAGGGCCCGUUUGACAUCACCGAGGGCCAGCCGGGGCCCCGGGUGUGGACCCUGAAAGCUACCGAUGAGGACUCAGGACUGAACGGCAAAGUGGAGUACAGCAUCACUGCUGGGGACCCAGAGAAUGAUUUUGUGGUGUCUCCAGUGGAGGGGGAGCUGCGUGUGAGGAGAGGUGUAGAGCUGGACAGAGAGACCGUGUCCUUCUACAACAUCACUGUGACCGCCCGCGACCUUGGAUCCCCACCACACAGCAGCACGGUGGUGGUCAUGGUGCGUGUUCUGGACAUAAACGAUAACGACCCGGUGCUGCUGGCCAUGCCUCAGAACGUGAGCGUGAGCGAGGGCGCGGGCGUCCACACCGCGGUGGCUCGGGUUCGAGCGCAGGACGCAGACAGCGGCCGCAACGCCCUGCUCACCUUCAACAUCACCGCCGGCAACACCGACGGGGCCUUCUACAUCAACGACACGACGGGGGUUAUCCAGGUGAACAGACCCCUGGACAGAGAGAGAGUGGCCAAGUACAUCCUGACCAUCACUGUCAAAGACAACCCCGAGAACCCACGUAUCGCCCGCAGGGACUCAGACACCCUGGAGAUCACUGUCCUGGAUGAGAAUGACAACAGGCCCAUCUUCAGCCAGCCCAGAUACCGAGCGGAGAUCAGCGAGAACGCCCCUGCAGGUACCGAGGUGACGCUGGAGAACGGGCCGGUUCGGGCUGUGGACAAGGACAUCGGGCCCAACGCGGUGGUGCGGUACCGGGUGCUGGGCCCCAGAAUGGACCUCUUCACCGUGGGCUCGGUCACAGGGGUGGUGAAAGUGCGGCAGGGGGCGCAGUUGGACCGGGAGGCGUUUUCGGACCCCCAGGUGGAGCUGCUGCUGGUGGCAGAAGACGUGGGGGGUCUGAGCAGUAGUGUGCCCCUCACCAUCACCAUCCUGGACAAGAACGACAACCGCCCCGUCUUCAGCCCCUCCAGCAUCACUGUGCACCUGCCUGAGAACAGCCCCACAGGGGUGGUGGUGACUCAGCUCUCGGCGAGCGACGCGGACUCCGGCGCCAACGGCUGGCUGCUGUACCGGCUGGAGAGCGGGGCGCAGGACCGCUUCGUCAUCGACUCGCUGUCGGGCGCCGUGCUGGUGGCCAACGCCACGCUGGACCGCGAGGAGCGCGGCUCGUACCGCCUGGUGAUCGUGGCCACGGACCGCGGCACGCCGACCCUCUCCGGCACCGCCACGCUGUCCGUCCUGCUGGACGACGUCAACGACUCGCGGCCCCGCUUCCUGCAGCCCGUGCAGACCGUCAACGUCAACGAGUCCACGCCCGCCGGCACCGUGGUGGCCACCCUCACCGCCGAGGACCCCGACCUCCGACCCCGGCUGGAGUAUUACAUCAUCUCCGUGGAGGCCCGGGACGACGGCAACAACCCCGUGGACGGACUGCACGACUCCUUCGGCAUCGACUUCGUCACCGGUGCUGUGUUUGUGCGUAACCCACUGAACAGGGAGCUGGUGGCCACCUUUGAGAUCAUGGUGUCUGUUCACGACAAUGCCAGCGAUGUCAUCGACCUGUCAGUCAGCGUUCCUAAUGCGAGGCUGACGGUGAACGUUCUGGACGUGAACGAUAACGUCCCUCGGUUCCGCCCCUUCGGCGUGACUAAUUUCUCUGAGAUGAUCCUGGAAGGGGCCCAGCCGGGGACCACCCUGCUGUCUGUCUCCGCCGUCGACCCCGACAAGGGCCCCAACGGCCAGGUGACCUACCAGCUGCUGCACCUGCCCCGCGGGGGGUACGUGCGUCUGGAGGACCCCUCCACAGGUAAAAUCGUGGCCAACAGGACGGUGGACUAUGAGCUGGUGCAGUGGCUGAACUUCACUGUGCGAGCGCAGGACCAGGGCAGUCCCAUACGAGCUGUUGAGCUGCCCGUCUUCCUCCACAUUGUCGACGUCAACGACAACAACCCCAUCUUCACCCAGGCGUCCUACCAGAAGCCUGUGUUUGAGGACGUGGCCCUGGGUACGGUCAUCGUGAGGGUUAGUGCCACUGACGCAGAUUCUGGAUUGUUCUCCGUCAUCGAGUACAGCCUGGUGGACGGGGAGGGCAAGUUUGGGAUCACGCCCACAACUGGCGACAUCUACAUCCUGUCUCCGCUGGACCGAGAGACAAAGGACCACUACACCCUGACAGCAGUUGCCAGGGACAACCCGGGAGGAAGUACCAACAACCGUCGGGAGAAUUCUGUCCAGGUUCUGGUGACGGUUCUGGACGUGAACGACUUCCGGCCGCGCUUCGCGGAACGGGUCUUCAGCACCAGCGUGUUCGAGAACGAGCCCAGCGGCACGUCCAUCAUCACGCUGACCGCUACCGAUCUGGACGAGGGAGAGAACGGCAUCCUGACCUACAGCCUGCAGGGCCCGGGCUACGAGGCCUUCUCCCUGGAUGAGGACACAGGGCUGGUGCGCUCUCUGAGGCAGCUGCAGUCCUUUGAGCGCUUUAACCUGACGGUGGUCGCCACGGAUAAGGGCCGCCCCCCCCUGUGGGGCACCGCCUCCCUGCACAUCACCGUCAUCGACGUCAACGACAACCGGCCCGUGUUCAUCCGGCCCGCCAACGGCACCAUCAUGCACAUCCUGGAGGAGCAGCCGCCGGGGCUGGUGGUGUACGAGGUGUUUGCCACGGACGGGGACGAGGGCGUGAACGGGGAGGUGCGUUACGCCUUCCUGCAGACGGGCGCGGGGAACCGAGACUGGGAGAACUUCCACAUCGACGCCCUGACCGGCGUCAUCACCACCGCCGUCCGGCUGGACCGCGAGAAGCAGGCCCUGUACAGCCUCAUCGUCGUGGCGUACGACCUGGGCCAGCCCGUGCCGUACGAGACCACGCAGCCCCUGCAGGUGGCGCUGUCGGACAUCGACGACAACGAGCCCGUCUUCAUGAAGCCGCCGCGGGGCAGCUUGCCGUACCAGGCCCUGUUGGUGCCGGAGCACUCAGAGCCCGGGACAGUGGUGGGGAACGUCACAGGAGCGCUGGACGCAGACGAGGGCUCCAACGCCGUGGUGUAUUACUUCAUCGCAGUGGGUAACGUGGAUGAUAACUUCGCCCUGAGUGUGAGCGGGGUGCUGACGGUGCGGAAGGAUCUGGACCGGGAGGACAUCCCCAUGUACUCCCUCAUCGUCAAGGCCUCCAGCAACCGCAACUGGACGCCCCCGCGGGGUCAGAGGUCACACCGCGCCCGCAACCUGGACCCCAGCCGUGACCCCACCCUGCAGGAGGUCAGGAUCUACCUGGAGGAUAUCAACGACCAGCCACCCCGCUUCACCAAGAUGGAGUACACCGCAGGCGUUGCUGCGGACGCGCGGGUGGGCUCAGACCUCAUCAGGGUGCAGGCCGUGGACAAUGACGUGGGCAACAACAGCGUGGUCCUGUACCGCCUGCUGUCCAUCCACUACAUCAAACUGCAGUCCAACGACUCGGACGACGUGGGCAACGUCUUCAUCAUCGGUGAGAUGGACGGAAUCAUUCGCACCUUUGACCUCUUCACGGCCUACGACCCCGGGUACUUUGUGGUGGAGGUGCUGGCGCGGGACCUGGCCAAUCACAGCGACAUGGCGGUGGUGGGCAUCUACAUCCUGCGGGAGGACCAGCGCGUGAAGAUCGUCAUCAACGAGAUCCCCGAGAGGGUGCGCCUCUUCCAGGAGGAGUUCGUCAGCCUGCUGUCCAACAUCACCGGAGCCAUCGUCAACACCGACGACGUGCAGUUCCACGUGGACAAAAAGGGCCGUGUGAACUUCGCCCAGACGGACGUGCUCAUCCACGUGGUGAACAAGCAGACCAAUCGCAUCCUGGACGUGGAGAGGGUGAUCCAGAUGAUCGACGAAAACAAGGAGCAGCUGAGGAACCUGUUCAGGAACUACAACAUCCUGGACGUGCAGCCGGCCGUAAGCGGCAAGGCCCCUGAUGACCUCACCACCCUGCAGAUGGCGAUCAUUAUCCUGGCAGUGCUGCUGUUCGUGGCCGCCAUGCUCUUCAUCUUCAUGAACUGGUACUACCGCACCGUACACAAGCGGAAGCUGAAAGCAAUCGUUGCGGGAUCCACAGGGAACCAGGGCUUCAUGGACAUUCUGGACAUGCCCAAUACCAACAAGUACUCCUUUGAAGGGGCGAAUCCCGUGUGGUUGGACCCAUUCUGCCGGAACCUGGAGUUGGCAGCUCAGGCGGAGCAUGAAGACGACCUUCCGGAAAACCUCAGUGACAUCACAGACCUGUGGAACAGCCCUGCCCGCACACACGGCACGUUCGGUCACGAGCCCCAGGCCUCCAAACCCGAGGACGACCGCUACCUGAGAGCGGCCAUCCAGGAGUACGACAACAUCGCCAAGCUGGGCCAGAUCAUGAGGGAGGGGCCCAUCAAGGGUUCGCUGCUCAAAGUCGUUCUGGACGACUACCUGAGGCUGAAAAAGCUGUUCGCCGCCCGGCUGGUCACCAAGUCCACGAGCGGCGACCGCUCGUCCGUCACGGAGCUGAUCCAGAGCGACCUGGACGAGGAGGACGAAGAGCGCCUGGGCAUGGGGGGCGGGCGGGGCACCCUGCGCUUCAAGCACAAGCUCCCCGUGGAGCUGCGGGGCCCCGAGGGCGUGCACGUGGUCCACGGCAGCACGGGCACGCUCCUGACCUCCGACCUCAACAGCCUGCCGGAGGACGACCAGCGGGCGCUGGCGCGGUCGCUGGAGGCGCUGCACGCCGAGGGCGGCCUCUACGCCGAGCGCAACGCGCGCACCGAGUCCGCCAAGUCCACCCCGCUGCACCGCACCAAGGACUCGGACACGCUGUCCGAGAGCCCGCUGGAGAUCACCGAGUUAUGACUAGCCGAGGCCUCGCUGGUCUGAGAACUGAGGAGUGCGCGCGUCCCAUCCCGACCCCUUCCUCCUCCUCCUCCUCCUCCCGACACCACGGACUGAGGCUUAGGGGACCGGAGGGGUGUUCUGGGACAGGAAGAUGUGGUCUGUGUGGAGUGUGACCUUACAGUCAGGGUGUGCUUCCCUCUUUCUCCGAAGCCCAACACCAGCCUGGGUUCCACCGCUACCAGCCGACUGACGUACUGUAAUACUGGGAACAAAAAAAAAAAAAGACACGGGACUCCUCUUCAGUCCAGGCGGAUUCCUUUCCGAAAUUGUAUAAGAUGAAGUCACAGAAGAGAGGAGUUGUGAGUUACUGUCUCAGGAUGAGCCUUCUGAGCGGAAGUUUGAGCGGAGGAAGGACACUGGACUGUAAAUUAAACACUGAGUAAACUAAGAGUGACAACUGAAAGGGCCAGGCUUGUGGGCACAGGAAAAAAAAAAAUCAUUCCAGUCCUUGAGUCUCUGUUUUCCUCCUACGAGUGUUUUCCCCUCGAGAGCCUUGACCACGUCGACCCCUGCACAAUCCAAGGCCUCGUUGCAAACGCACUGGAAGCAACCCUGAGCAAGAAAACUUUCUCACACACACACACACACACA